UCAUGUGGAGAUUUGUGCCUAGAUCUUAAGUUAUAGUUUGUGGAAAAGAAGAAUUAGAUUAAUCAUAAUGCUUUCUUUCUUUUUUUUUAGGUAAUUUUGUGAGAAAAAUAUUGCAGCCUGCUUUUCAAUUAAUAGCCGGUAAAGAUGAUAGUAUUUCAGAGACCACGGGCCAUGAAUUUUCCCAUUUUUCUGAAACACCAAUUAAAUCAGGAAUUUCCUCUGACAAAAUGUCUCCAGAUAAGGGUGGAGGAGAGAGUUGGACACUGAAUUCAGAGGCACCGGAGAGGCUGGGGUCAGCUAAGCAAAGCAGUCCUGAUCUUUCAUUUUUAGUUGUGAAGACUAACACAGGAGAAAAGCAACUUUUUGUAGACCUGGGAGUUUAUACAAGGAAUAGAAACUUUCGGCUGUAUAAGUCAUCGAAGAUAGGGAAGCACGUGGCUUUGGAGAUUGCUGAAGAUAACAAGUUUUUUCCUAAACAUUCAGAGAAUAUUUCUGGAGAAAAUCAGUAUUUCCUGUCGUCUUUGGUCAGCAACGUCAGAUUCUCAGAUACUUUACGAAUUCUGACAUGUGACACAUCUCAAAAUAAAGAAAAACGAAUUGAAUAUUUUAACAGCACCAGCACUAAAGCAGAAAACAUUGAGGGUUUUCGUUGUUCGCCCUACCCUGAAAUCGAUCAAUUUGUUCUCUCUUUGGUGAAUAAAAAUGGCAUUCAAGGAGGAAUUCGGCGUUGGAGCUACUUUUUCCUUGAAGAAUUACUGGUUUAUGAUAUCUGUAAAUAUCGCUGGUGUGAAAACAUCUGAAGAGCCCACAAGAGCAAUAAUAUCAUGAUUUUGGUGGAUCUGAAAAAUGAAGUUUGGUAUCAAAAAUGUCAUGACCCUGUAUGUAAAGCAGAAAACUUCAAAUCAGACUGUUUUCCUUUACCUGCUGAAGUUGGUCUCCUGUUUCUGCUCAAGGAGGAAGAAGAGUUCACAGCUGCUGAAACAAUGACCAGUGAAACCGAGAAUCUUCAUAAACCACCAUCUAGUACAUCAUCAAAAGGUGUAGUUUCUGCUGACUGGGAUAAUGGCCUUGAUGAUACUUACCUUUUGGAAGCUACUGAGGAUGCUGAAUUAGCAGAAGCUGCAGAGAAUGGUCUUCUCAGUUACUAUAGUGGAGUGGAUGAAAUUCCUGAUGAACUAAUUAUGCAAGUAUUGCAAGAGUAAUUAACUGUGGACUGGUAUAUAACUAGGCUGUAAUUUUGCCUGAAGACGGUUUAAUAACAUAAAUAUAUUAAAUUAUGGUAGCUUUUUAUUAAACCUGUUUAUAUCAACUAA